CAAGGGGUCUGAAUACUUUCCGAAUGCACUGUAUGACACACAGACGAGACCUAAUCCAGCCUUUCAGCCCAACCACACAAAGUAACAAUUUAAUUCCUGCCCUCGCCAACUGCAGGGGAAUGGUUGUCAUGUCCUCUGUUCCAGAGCCACAGUGGAUGGACUACAUCAUGAUGAAGCAGAGUGUCAUAGUCCGUGUAUGUAGGUGGCAGGGAAGUCAGGCGCAGGAGAAAACAGAGUGGUUAAAAAAUGGAGUAUUUAUUUCCAAAACUAACUCCAAAACCCACGUAGAAAAUAAUCCAGGUAAACAGUAACCCGUCGCACACCGAUACAUAAACAACACGUACAUAACAUAACAAACAAUCACCGACAGAGAAAUGAGGGGAAGCAGAGGGUUAAAUACACAACAUGUAAUUACUGGGAUAUGAAACAGGUGUGUAAAGAGACCAGACAAAACCACUGGAAAAUGAAAAACUGAUCAAUGGUGGCUAGAAGACCGGUGACGUCGAUCGCCGAACACCACCUGAACAAGGAGGGGCAUCAACUUCAGUAGAAGUCGUGACACAGAGACAGAUGCUGCAGAGGAUACUGAGGCUUGGUCUUUACAUUGGAUCCCAUGAUGGACAUUCAAGUGGAUGGAUAGACUCUUAAAAUACUUAUUUUAAUGGAGAUACAACCUGUUCUGUGUGUUUCGUCUGUAGACUUGAAUUGGAUCCAUACGUCAUUGAUGCAAGCUGCUUGUAGUGUUUUCAGUAUACCAUUUGAAAGGAUACCACAGUCCUGUUUGGUACAGACAGUUCCUGGAUGACAAUUCUAGUGAACAUUAUGUAUUGUGAGAUUUUAUCUCUGUUGUUAGGUCUAUAAGUGGAUGGGGCAAAGCACUAAGACUAGAGGUCUACAGAAAGAGAAAUGCUGUAGUCAUAACUGGUGAAUAUAAGCCUAAAACUGCUGGAUGAUUCCUCUAAUUUGUCAUCACAUGUUAUCACAUUUCACUCAAAGAUUGAUUGAGCAUAAUCUGGAAAAGUGCGAAAUUUUCAAUCUUCCAUUUCUCUAAAUUGUAUUUUUUAAACUGGCGAAGAGCAGAAUCUUUGCAUAAACUGGUAUUGUUUUCCUUUUCCAGUUUGUUCCCUGCUGUUAUUGUUUGACUAUUCCCGGCUGUUCAGAAUAGGUGCCUCCCAUUAUAUUUUUAAAUCUUUGUUAAACUGUACAUUGGCUGCCUUUGUAUCCCCAUAAUACAAUGAGAGUUUCAGAUAGAGUGGCUGAAUAUGUCUGGUCAGCCUAUUUUCCCAUACCAGGCUCAACACUGUUCAUAUCGUCCAUUAAACAGAACUCAUAUUAAUUAUAGUCAAUGCAGACUGCAUGGCAAAGCAUUUUUUACAGAUUUGCAUUGGAAAGAGACAAACUAUCCAGGGGUGAGUGAAUUUUUAACUAUUUUGUUAGGAUUGUUCUUUUCUGUUUGUGUUUUCAAUUGUUAUGAUAAAGGGAAAGGAGGAACAACCUUUUCUGCUGUUACAAUUUCCUUUGCAUUGUAUCCCCCUCACUGAUAUGGGCAUAUUCUAGCAUUAUUGUGUAUCAACAGCUGUUUGAGAAGUUAUGAGAUAAUGAGUGACAUUUUUUGUACAAUUAUUUAUUCAACCAUCUUAGACCAGAUAAGAAGUCAUUUUCUCUCACUGUUUGCAAAACAGUAGAAAAUGUUCCUUUACAUACACUACCGUUCAAAAGUUUGGGGCCACUUAGAAAUGUCCUUGUUUUUGAAAGAAAAGCAUGUGGGUGUCUUAAUCAUUUGGACUCUACUGUUUUAGGUAGUAGUGCACUGAGAGGUUCUGAUUCACACGCUUGUCCCUUCUCAAACCUCCCCACCCCUUCCCCCAGGUUAAAACAUGGGAGACUGGUCCAUUCUCGGACGCUUCCUGUCCGAGGUGCAGAACCACUCCACAGUGAUCGGCAAGAUCUGGCUGACCAUGCUGCUGAUCUUUCGUAUCCUGCUGGUGACCCUGGUGGGGGACGCGGUGUACAGCGAUGAGCAGUCCAAGUUCACCUGCAACACCCUGCAGCCCGGCUGCAACACCGUCUGCUACGACACCUUCGCCCCCGUCUCACACCUGCGCUUCUGGGUCUUCCAGAUCGUCUUGGUCUCCACGCCGUCCAUCUUCUACAUCGUUUACGUCCUGCACAAGAUCGCCAAGGACGAGAAGCUGGAGAUCCAGAGGGGGCAGGUGAUGGCUGAGCGGACCUCCAAGAAGGUCUUUGGGCAGCUGGGAAGGGAAGGGCUGGAGAACAUGGAGACUGGUAUGCCCACCUACUGCCCUGGGUACAGGGAGGAGUGGGUUGGUCAGGAAGCGGAGGGGGUGGAGCAGAGCCUGCUGGAGGAGGACUAUGGGGAGUUGGGGGAGGACCCCACUCAGCUCUCCAGCCAGGUGCUGCUCAUCUACAUCCUGCACGUGCUGCUGCGCUCCGUCAUGGAGAUCACCUUCCUGGUGGGGCAGUGCUACCUGUUUGGCUUCGAGGUGCUCCAACUGUACCGCUGCGAGACCUACCCCUGCCCCACCCGCACAGACUGCUUCGUGUCACGUGCCACUGAGAAGACCAUCUUUCUCAACUUCAUGUUCAGCAUUAGCCUGAGCUGCUUUGUGCUCAACAUCGCAGAGCUGCACUUCCUGGGCUGGGUCUACAUCUUCCGCAUACUGUGCUCCGCUUGCUCCACCUGCUUCCGCCCUGAGAAGGACCCUGUGGGGCUGUACAACCACCGCAACCCUCUGCUGCUGCAGCUCAAACACUCUCUGAGGGGCAGGCUGGUCCUGCAGACUCCCACUCCCAUGGCCCAGGAGAAGGCUGGGGGCCACCUGCUCACUCACGUCCCAGCCAUCUCCUUUGAGACCGAUUCUACUGUGGAGUGCACCUCCAAGAGGACUCCGGAAGAGAGGGACCGGGUUAAGGUUAAACUGGCCAACAUGGCCAAGAUGGGACGGACUAAGAAGUCUUGGCUGUGAAAGGCCAAAUCUGUGUGAUUCUCAAUGUAGCAUUUUCCACUUUUGAAACAACACUGGGAAAGACAGAAUUUAUAGCAUAGGUUGCUCAGAUUGGGCAUUUGGAGAAUGAGAGUAUACUCCUGAUUCAGAAAGAAAGAUUCAGCUUUAUCAUCCAUACCAUAGCCUAAAUUACAUAAAGAACAUUCAAACUGUUCCUGAGUUUCAAAAGACAGAGAAAAGUAAAACAUUUUGCUGGAAAAUUGUAUACAUUCAGUUUACAGUCAUUAUCUUCAGUCUGUUCAGGGUUCUUCAAUACAAACACACCUGUUUCAUAAAACAUGACACGUUUUCACAUUCUAACAUUGUUUGUGGGAUACUUUUCAAUAAUUCCUUGUAACUGUUGAAAUACAUAGCUGGCAGAGUAGUUUUGACCUGUGUGCAGACAGUCAUUUAUGUUGUCUAAAGGGACUUUGUCUCUUAUAACAUUAUUCUUUAUCAGAAUAAUCUAAUCUGAUUGACUGGUGGGUAGUCACUAACUAUUUGUAGCAUGUGUGCCUCUUUUUAUUGAUAUUUGCAUGGUAUGUAUGUGUAUAGAUCUUUAGUAAUUAAUGUUGAAAUUAUCCAAGGGUUUUUAUUAAUUGAAAUGUUUAUAGUUGGUGUCCCAAUCUCAAAUGCUCUCAUAUUUGCCCAUAGUAUUUAAAAAACGGCAGAAUCAAACAGUAUUGGAACAGUGACUUGUAUUUCUCAUCCAGAAGUGUAAGAAUUUUAGAAGAAUGUAAUUUCAACAGUCAAAUGUUGCACUGUUUGAGAAGACUGUGUAUGGAAAACCUGCAUUUGAAUGAAUUUAGUUGUGAGUUUGAAAUUUGACCACAAGAGGUCACUAUAAUACUUUAAGUUAUCAAACAGGGUUGUGCUGAAAAUCAAAUGAACCACAGCAAAAUAAAUUAUUUGUAAUUAAGAGGAAGAUUAAAAAAGACAUGUAUAACGUACUUUCUUGAUGAAAUACAUUCUAAAAUGUAAAUAUUUGUUUUUCUGAUCCAAUGAACCAUUGUAUAUCUGUUCACAAUUUUGUGUCAAGACCCAGAUGUGCCUAAUUCGUUUAUUAAUACAUUUACAAGUUCAUAAAUGUGCACUCUCCUCAAACAAUAGCAUGGUAUUCUUUCACUGUAAUAGCUACUGUAAAUUGGACCGUGCCGUUAGAUUAACAAGAAUUUAAGCUU